CAAAACAGUGCAGGCAUUACAAUAGAUAAUAAACAAGACAAUAUGCACAGUAGAGGGCAGUAGGUCAAUACCCAGAGAGGAAGGUUCUGGAUUCACUGAAGAAGGAUCUUCAAUCCAAAUCGUUAACAAUGCUCCUACAAUUCAGAAACAGAUUCUUCACUUCUGUCUUCCGAUUUCUAAGUAUUCAUUAAACCCAUGCACACUACCCACUACUAUUUUUUAUUUCUUUCUUUAUUUGCAUGUUUAAUAUACAUACUGUAAUUCAGGAUUUUUCUGUAUUAAUCAUGAAUUGCAUUGUACUGCUGCCGCAAAGCUAACAAAUUUCUGACAGUCACGAAUAAUUUGGAUUGGGAUGUUGGGGCGAGAACCCCAAAACGUGACAGCACGGGAGAUGUCAACCAAUCGGGAGGACAGUCUCGGAAUACGCUGAGAGAAAACAGGUAGAUUAAGGGAAGGAAAAUAAUCUGACAUAUUAGAAUGCGUUGCGGAAUAGAAUCCAUGGGGUUUUGAUUUUUUUGUUUUGCAACUUCAUCUUGCUGAAGUUGUUUUCCUACUUGCUGAAAGUGUUUUGCUGGACAAGCCUCCACUCGCUGAGACUCUGAGGAAUGCCAUCGACCAGGGCUACUUCAGAAUCGGGCUCUUGCUCUUCUGGAAAUGCAGACACUUGUGAAGACUGUCUAAAACUCGGACAUCAAUGCGCUUGGUGUUUUCAAGAGGACUUCAAUGUUGAUUUAAAUUCCGGUGGAAGGUGCGGCGCUCUCGACGACCUUUUAGGACGAGGGUGUUCUCUGGAGUUUAUCGAGUUCCCAGUUAGCCACGUUCAUAUUAUAAGAAAUGAGACUUUAAGCUUGAGUCGACAAAAGGGGGACGAGAAAAGGAUACAAAUGUCUCCCCAAAAACUCAUACUUAAUCUGCGACCAGGCAAUCAGGUGACAUUUGGAGUGGAUGUGCGCCAGGCUGAAGAUUAUCCAGUUGACCUCUAUUAUCUAAUGGAUCUUUCUGGCUCUAUGGUUGAUGAUCUAGCCAGAAUUAAAGAACUGGGAUCUUCGUUAUCCAAGGAGAUGGCCAAAUUAACCAGCAACUUUAAACUAGGCUUUGGUGCAUUCGUAGAAAAGCCAGUGUCUCCUUAUAUCAAAACAACUCAGGUUGAUUUAAUUAAUCCCUGCUGGGUUGUGUAUGAUCAAUGCUUGCCUGCAUUCGGUUAUAAGCACUUGCUCUCGCUGACUGAAGACACCAUAAAAUUUAAUGAAGUUGUUCAAAAUCAACAGAUUUCUGCAAAUGUAGAUACACCCGAAGGAGGAUUUGAUGCCAUAUUACAAGCCACUGUGUGCAAGGAAAAAAUCGGUUGGCGAAAUGAUUCCUUGCACUUAUUGGUAUUUGUGAGUGAUGCUGAUACGCACUUUGGAAUGGACAGCAAGUUGGCUGGUAUUGUUGUUCCUCAUGAUGGAAAAUGCCAUUUGGACAGCCAGAACAUAUACGCCAAGACAAGAACAAUGGAAUAUCCAACACUUGGACAGCUGAUAGAAAAGCUCGUCGAAAAUGAUAUCCUGUUAAUAUUUGCUGUGACGCAUGAGCAGUUGAGUAUAUACAAGAAUUAUGCCAAACUUAUACCGGGUGCAACAGUGGAGACUCUCGCAAGUGAUUCUAGAAAUAUCCUUCAGUUGAUAAUUAAAGCAUAUAAGGAGCUACGGUCUGAAGUGGAACUGGAAGUUACUGGGAAUACAGAUGAGGUGCAGUUUGUAUUCACGGCUACCUGCCAAAAUGGCACUGUCUUUCCUGGAGAAAAGAAAUGUUCUCAUCUCUACAUCGGAGAGAAGGUUUCCUUCAAUGUGACUGUUGAGUUGACUGAAUGCUUGAAGGAACCUAAGCAUAUUGUGAUAAAACCUCUAGGAUUCCGAGAUACGCUGGAGAUUGAAGUACGGUCUGCCUGCAGGUGUGGCUGUCAAGCAAAUGCAGAGCACAAUAGUUCACGAUGUAAUGACAGUGGCUCUCAUCAGUGUGGUGUGUGCAUUUGCAAUGCUGGACGAUUUGGUCCUCAUUGUGAAUGUACGGAGGAAAGUAUAAACUUUGGCAUCUGCAAGUAUAGUGCAGAGAACAGUUCCUGCAACGGUCGUGGUGACUGCUACUGUGGGCAGUGUGCCUGUUAUCCAUCUGAAUAUGGGCGGAUAUAUGGUACCUACUGUGAAUGCGAUAACUUCUCCUGUGUUCGAUCUAAAGGGCUUCUGUGUGGAGGGCAUGGAUCAUGUGACUGUGGGGAAUGCCAUUGUGACCAAGGAUGGACGGGUGAAUAUUGUAACUGCACCACAAGCACAGACUUGUGUAUUUCCAAAAAUGGAGUCCUAUGUAGUGGGCGUGGCGAGUGCAUAUGUGGAAAAUGUGUCUGCUCACAUUCCGGAGCCUCUGGAGAUAGAUGUGAAAAGUGCCCAACUUGUUCUGACCCCUGCUCUUCUAAGCGAAGUUGUGUUGAAUGUCACCUUUCUAAGGCGGGUGGAUCAACAGAUGAAUGCGAAGAGAAAUGCCUGCUCGUUGGUUCUACUGUCAAUCAAACAGCAGACUUUGAAGAAAACCAAGCUACCUACUGUACUUUGAAAAGCAGCAAUGACUGUAAAAUGUCAUUUCAUUUACUUAAAUAUGAAAAUGGAGAAUCACUUCUUUUUGACCUUGAACAAUACGAAUGUCCCUUGCCACCAAAUGUUUCUGUGAUAGUUUUGGGAAUUUCUUUGGCUAUCCUUGUUGUUGGAUUGGUUAUUCUCUUUAUCUGGAAAAUGUUUAUAUCCAUUCAUGACCGCAAAGAGGUAGCCAAAUUUGAAGCGGAACGAGCAAAGGCUAAAUGGCAAACGGGCACAAACCCACUUUACAAGGGUUCAAUUUCCACAUUUAAAAAUGUGACCUACAAACAUGAUUAUGAAAAAAUGGAAUUUACUACAUUUAGGAAUUAAUCAUUAAUUUAUUGGAAUAUAGUAAGUUCUACAACAAGGACAAAUGUAUCUUUUUAUUUCUUGUGAUCUCCAGUACAGCUAUAUUUACCUGUUAAACCUGUUUUAGUUGCCUGCCUACCAUGUGUAGGGAUCACAAGAGCAUAUGUAUAUUUUGAAUAUUUUAUGUAUAUUUUGGAGUGCUUGUGAUGAUCAGGAUGUGAAAUCUUGGGGAAAUAUAUUCAUCUUGUGUGAUAAUAUUGGAACUGAUUUAUUAUUGUCGUAUGUACUGAGGUGCAGUGAAAAGCUUGUCUUGCACACUGUUCAUACCGAUCAAGUCGUUUCACAGUGUACUGAGGUAUUACAAGGUAAAACAAUGACAGAAUGCAGAAUAAAGUGUGACAACUGUGGAGAAAGUACAGUGCAGGUAGACAGAUGCAAAUUUCCAAGUAAAUUUAUGAUCAAAGUACAUGUACAAGCCUAAGAUUCAAUUUCUUCCAGGCAUGAUCAAUACAUCCAUAACAGAAUAAUAACCAUAAUAAAAUUAAUAAAGGACCACACCAAUUUGGGCAUCCAACCAGUGUGCAAAAGACAUAGUCAUAGUCAUACUUUAUUGAUCCCGGGGGAAAUUGGUUUUCGUUACAGUAGCACCAUAAAUAAUUAAAUAGUAAUAAAAACAUAAAUAAUUAAAUAGUAAUAUGUAAAUUAUGCCAGGAAAUCCAACUGUGCAAAUAUAAACAGAAAGAAAUAAUAAUAAUUAAGUAAACAAUACAUAUCCAGAAUAUGAGAUGAAGGAUCCUUGAAAAUGUCCAUUGGUUGUGAGAACAUUUCAAUGAUGGGGUAAGUGAAGUUAUCCCCUUUGGCUCAAGAGCCUGAUGGUAGAGGGGUAAUAACUGUUCCUGAACCUGGUGAUGUGAGUCCUGAGGCUCCUGUACCCCUGUCUUGAUGGCAACAGUGAGAAGAGAGCAUGACCUGGGUGGUGGGGAUCUGUGAUGAUGGAUGCUGCUUUCAUCCAGGUGCAAGGUAGAUUGUGAAGUCAGGAGUCCAUCAUUAGGGAACCAUUCAAUAAUCUUCUAACAGUGGUUCAGAAGCUGUCCUUAAGCCUGGUGGUACGAGCUUUCAGGCUUUUGUACAGUUUGCCCAAUGAGAGAGGGAAGAAGAAAAAAUGUCUGAGAUGUGGAUAAUAUAGAGAGAGUGCAGAGGAGAUUCACAAGGAUGUUGCCUGGAUUGGAGGGCGUAACUUAUGAGAAUAGGUUGAGUGUACUUGGCCUUUUCUCCUUGGAGCAACAGAGGAUGAGAGGUGACCUGAUAGAGGUGUAUAAGAUGAUGAGGAGCAUUGAUCAUGUGGCUAGCCAGAGGCUUUUUCCCAGGGUUGAAAUGGCUAACAUGAGGGGGCGUAGUUUUAAGGUGCUUAGAAAUAGGUACCGAGGGGAUGUCAGGAGUUAGGUUUUUCACACAGAGUGGUGGGUGUGUGGAAUGCACUGCCGGUGGCAGUUACAAUAGGGUCUUUUAAGAGCCUCUUAGAUAGGUACAUGGAGCUCAGAAAAAUAGAGGGCUAUGCACUAGGGAAAUUCUAGGCAGUCUCUAGAGUAGGUUACAUGGUCGGCACAACAUUGUGGGCCGAAAGGCCUGUAAUGUGCUGUAGAUUUCUAUGUUGUAUGUGUGAUGUCGUCAAUUAUGCUAGCUGCUUUACUGAGGCAGCAAGAAUUAUAGACAGGUUCCAUGGAGGGGAUCUGGUUUGUGUGAUGCACUGGGCUGUGUCCUUAAGUCACAAGAGUUUCUUGCAGUCAUGGGCAGAACAAUUGCUACUACCAAGCCAGGAUCAAUCUAGAUAAGAUGCUUUCUAUGAUGAAUUUUAAAAAAUUGUCAAGGGCUGAUGGUGACACCAAAUUUCUAGAACCACUGGUGAGUUUUCUUGAUAGCGGUAUCUACAGGGUUGAACCAGGGCAGGCUGUUGGUGAUGUCCACUCCUAGGGAGUCAAGGCUCUCAAUCCUCUCGACCUCAGUCCUGUUGAUAUAAACAGGAACAUGUGCAACAGAUUGUCCAUUUAUUGUCUCAGCACUUACAUUCACUUAAUGCAACGAAGUGAUUGAGGCAGAUACAAUCAUCACCAUCAUUAUGUGUCGUGCCGUUUAACCUGGGCGAUAUCAUGGUCCCGUGACCAUGACUGCUCUUGGCAAGUUUCUCUAAAGAAGUGGUUUGCCAUUGCCUUCUUCUGGACAGUGUGUUUACGAGACAGGUGACUCCAGCCAUUAUCAAUACUCUUCAGAGAUUGCCUAGCAUCAGUGGCCAUAUAAUCAAUACUUGUGAUGUGCACCGUCUGCUCAUACGACCGUUCACCACCUGCUCCCAUGGCUUCACAUGGCCCUGAUUGGAGGGGCAAAGGGACUACACCUUGCCCAAAUGUGAUUUACAGUCUAUCAGAGGGAAGGAAUACCUUACAAAAUCUAAAAGACACUUGGACACGUACAGGUAGGAACAGCUCAGGUGGAUAUGGACCAAAGAGAGGCAAAUGUUACCCACUUAAAUGGGCAUCUCCAUUUGCAUGGACAGGCUUUAAGUUCAGUUAAAUCCUCUAGUGCCUUCUCUUUAUUAUAAUAUGUUACAUCAAAUAUUGGUUUCCUGAUAUUUCUGAUUAAUUGAUAGUUUCCUCAGUACAAUUGCUUAACAGUUAUUUCCUUAUACUUUGUACUUUUAUACUUUAUUGUCGCCAAACAAUUGAUACUAGAGUGUACAAUCAUCACAGCGAUAUUUGAUACUGCUCUUCGUGCUCCCUGGAGUACAAGUCAAUAGUAAAUAUUAAAAACUUAAAUUAUAAAUCAUAAAUAGAAAAGGGAAAGUAAGGUAGUGCAAAAAAACCAAGAGGCGGGUCCAGAUAUUUGUCCUCCAAUAUUAAUCCGACUAAAAAUGCUUCAUAUAAACUGCAGGAGCCAUGUAUCUAUUUUCUAUUUUGUCUUGCGUGCUUGUUAUGGCUCAUGGUAAUUUGUCACACGGGUUGGGUAUGUGGUGGAAGCUAAUGAGUAUAGUUACGUAUUCACACUUUGUCUUAGUUUAGUUUAGUUGAGAGGGAGUGAGCCGGGGGUGAUAUUUUCUUGUUGACUGCGUAGUUACGCUUAAUUAUGCUAAUUUGAAUGCUAAUUACUCAUUUCAUUACAUUGCUAUUUUAGUUUCGUUAGUUUUUUUUAAUCACUAUAAGAUCAUUCAUCUUUGCUGGUUUCAAAAUAAAGGAAUGAAUGUAUAUUUUUGGACUUCAAACUCAGAAGCGCAAUUCCCAUACUCAGUCUCUCAGCAGUUUUGGUUUGCUUUUCAAGUAACCACUACAUAAAGUACAUGUAAUGCAACCUACAGCUAAUUUAUUACACAACAUCUAAAAUGCAAGCUACUCGCCCUUGUGUGGUCCCUUAGAUUUGAUCCUUUCUUCAGUUUUAGCUCUUCUAGUACUGGUAAAUAAUACAAUAACUGUCAAAUUAAUGUGGAAGAAUAUGUUUUAUGUAAUGUUCCAAUGUUCUGGCCAGUAUUUGUGCUAAUUAUCAAGUCAUUGUGAUAUGUCUGUUUGUGGGAGCUAAUUUGGGUAAUUUGUCUUUCAAGUUUCUUUUUAUAUAUUAUGAAAGUAAUUUCACUUCUUAAAAAAAAAGUUUAGGAUAACCCAAGUUUUAUAGACACUCUUUGACUUCAUUCUGGAGGGGAAUUCAUUGAUGAAGCCACUGAGAAUGACUGAAUCAAGAAUGUAGCCCUGCCAUCCUUUCUUCUACAAGGUAUGGCCCUAAUCAGCUGGGAGCCAAUCUGUUUGCCCCUGCUUCCUAAAGUCUUCUGUAUCGCUUGGGUUUCCUGAUGCCAAGCUCUCUCCAGAAUCAGUUCUCCUAUCCUUAUUGGACAAUAAGGUCAUGAACCAAAUCCAUGGCAUUGGUGAGCAGAUACUCUGUCUGGUCAUAGACAGCAACAAAGUGAAGAGACGAUGGAUGCGUCCGCUUUUUUGUGGAUAGCACCUGCUUUAGUAAUUUUCCAUCUUAAGAAGCAGACAUCUUUUUUUUUGGAUGGUUUAGUAUUAUAUAGUUGUAUGGUGGGGUGGAGAUGUGUCUCUACCAAAGAAGGUAUAAGGCACUCCUUCCCUCCUCUAGCCUACGGGUCACGCGUGGGCGAGGUGUAGCACCUGCUUAGCCCCCGAUCAGGAUCACGUGAAGCCACGGGAGCAGGUGGUGGAUGGUCGUAUGAGCAGCUGGUGCACAUCACAAGACCUGGUUAUGCAACCACUGAUGCCAGGCGGACAAUCUCUGAAGUGUACUGAUAAUGGCUGGAGUCCCCUGUCUUGUAAAGACACUGCCCAGAAGAAGGCAAUGGCAAAUCACUUCUGUAGAAAAAUUUGCCAAGAAUAAUCACGAUCAUGGAAAGACUGUGAUCACCUACGUCAUAUGACAUGGCACAUAAUGAGCAAACGAGUACUAUCUAUAUUGUACUGCUUCCAUUGUUUCAGCUAAUUAAAAUGCAUGGAGUCUUUGUUGUGUUUUUCUCCUGAUUGGCAGCCUACCUUAUGUGCUGCUGGCAGUUGUUUCCUGUUUAGCGGCAUGAUAGUGACAGAAAUAAGACUUUUGGAAGCUGUUUCUUCUACAAAUGGAAGCUCUGAUGUGAGCCAUCGGCAAUUUCAUGAUGUUGGAUUACAUCUACACCGCUUGAGGUGAUCAUCUGUGUGACGAUGCUGUUGGUUCCAUUCAGAGCCCUUUUUUAUUUGCAAGAUGGCACCAAGCUGUGACCUCAGUCGCAGCUCAUAUUUGGUUGUUUUUUUUUCAUUGCUUUCUAGGUUCAUAAGGAUGGCCUUGGGGACCGAGAGCAGUGUUGGGGGUCAGGUUAGUGUUUAGGGACAUGGAUGUGAGUGAAUUAGAGACCAUUCCGGAGUCUCCACUUUCCAAGGCCAGUGACAUAGACGUAGACAUCGAUGGUUGGAUGUCUGGUCGAUAGAAAGUGAACGAGGGGCUACCAAUUCAGUAAGUUGUCUGGAGUCAGAAUUCUACUUGGGAGGAGGAAUGUGUUCCAAUGAUCCGCCAGGUUUGCAAAGCGGCGAGACUGGAGUUUGUAGCCUCAUGUUGGAGGACCAUCAUCGGCGAGUCCAGAGUUCGAAGCUUAGUGUUCAGUGAUUGGCGUGUUCUGUGAUCGAUGCCAAGUAUCAAGGCCCAGGGGUCAAAUCGGAAAUCCAGAAGUCGAGGCCCAUUGGCUGGAGCUGAGCUGGCGAAGUCAGAACCCAGUGUCUGCGGGUCAGAGUCCACUGGGGGCUUGUCCUGAGGUUAAAGGACUGUGUAUGUGGGUGGGAGGGAGAAAUGGGGUUUCUUUUGUUGCUUGUUGUAUUGUGUUUUGUGUCUGUGCUGUGGGUGCUGGUUGUUAAGGCAAACAACAUAUUCCCCUGUAGGUAUGUUCUUGUGUACACAUAUUAAAUAAACUUUAGUCUUGAGACUUGAACCUUCUACAAAGAAGUACAUCCAUGUUUUCUCGGCAAUACACCUAACAGUGAUUUCAACGCUACUUCCUUUUACAGCAUACCAACUCUAGCUUUGGAAAGACUCCGGCCACAUUUGAAUGUAGAUUUUUUUUUAAAUUUCCCCAUUCAACUUCCAUUAUAUUGUCUGAAUAUUUACCAUGAGAGCUCUUGAAUAUUCUGCUCAAAAUAUCACAGUCCAGAUGGAGAUUUGAUAAAGAUUUACAAAAUUAUGAGGGAUAUAGAGAGGGUAAAUGCAAGCAGGCUUUUCCCACUGAGGUUGGGUGCAAAAACAACCAGAGGUCAAGGGUUAAGGGUGAAGGGUGAAAAGUUUAAUAGGAACAUGAGGGGAAACUUCUUCAUUCAGAGGGUCAUGAGAGUGUGGAAUGAGCUGUCUGCACAAGUGGUGCAUGCAAACUGGAUUUCACGUUUAAGUGAAGUUUGGAUAUAUACUUGGUUGAUGGGAGAAGGCAGCUUAAAUGGUUUCAGCGUGGACUAGAUGGGCUGAAAUGCCUGUUUCUGUGCUGUACUUCUCUCUGACCCUAUGACACUAUACUUGAAGAACUUCUGUGUGUUUCACCUAUAAUGCAUAUAGCCCUCUUGUUAGUGUUAGUUUACCGAAUAAUGCAGCUAUUCGUCCGUUUGAUGUCAUGGUCUACGUAGACCAAUCACUUAACAGGGCAACACACACAAAAUGCUGCAGAAACGCAGUAGGCCAGGCAGCAUCUAUGGAAAAAGGUACAGUUGACUUUUCGAGCCAAAACUCUUUAACAGGAUUGGAGGAAAAAUG